AGCAGUGAAGAGGGACAGAUCCAGAGAAGAAGUUGCUGGAAGAGGGGCCAAAGGGAAGACCCCUGGGGCCCAUCAGGGCCAGCGUGGCUGGCCAGAGCCACUCCGCACAGAAGGAAGCCUGGGGUCCAGCUCCAGGAUCCACCCCUGGCCCUGUUACCCCCUGCGGGUGGCUUCUGGACCUGGGGUCCCCAGGAGGGGGACAUCAGCCCCAUGGGGAGGGUGGGGCCUGCUGGCCCCUCCCACUCGGGGACAGGGCCUUUCCCUGCAGGCGGCCCUGGGACCACUUCCUCUUUCUUCACUCUGAAGCCAGGAGCCGGCCUGCUGAGCCCGUGGGAAGAUGGGAGCCCACUCCAGGAUGUCCUAGUCCAUCGCGUCCCCAAGCCAGGGUGGCUGAGUCUGCUGCUAGAAGUCCCCGUCCCUACUUCAGGACCACCCUGCAGGCCGGCGGGAUGGAGCCGGCAAAUGAGAAGCUGGCCUCUGUGUCCAACCUGGUGACUGUGUUUGAGAACAGCAGGACCCCGGGAACAGCGCCCAGAGACCAGGCCCAGCCACCAUCCCCAGAGCCAUGGGAGAAGCCGCAUGUCGGGGAGACCCCCGAGUCUGGGCCCAGGACCGUGAGCAGGAGGUGUCUGAGCUCCCUGAAGAACAAGCUGUCCAGUGGGGCCUGGCGGAGACCUUGCCAGCCUGGGGACUCUGCAGGGGCAGUGCCACAGGAGCCCGAGGAGAAGAAGGUGGUCCGGGAGCUGCUGGAGACGGAGCAGGCCUACGUGGCUCGCCUGCACCUUCUGGACCAGGUGUUCUUCCAGGAGCUGCUGCGGGAGGCGCAGGGCAGCAAGGCCUUCCCCGAGGACGUGGUCCGGCUCAUCUUCUCCAACAUCUCCUCCAUCCACCAGUUCCACGCCCGCUUCUUCCUCCCUGAACUGCAGCGGCGCCUGGAGGACUGGACGGCCACGCCCCGCAUCGGGGACGUGAUCCAGAAACUGGCCCCGUUCCUGAAGAUGUACAGCGAGUACGUCAAGAACUUUGGGCGAGCGGCAGAGCUGCUGGCCACCUGGACCGACAAGUCCCCACCCUUCCAGGAGGUCAUCGCCCGCAUCCAGAGCAGCGAGGCCUCUGGGAGCCUGACCCUGCAGCACCACAUGCUGGAACCGGUGCAGAGGGUUCCCCGCUACGAGCUGCUGCUCAGGGAGUACGUCCAGAAGCUGCCGGCGCAGGCCCCCGACCGCGCGGACGCCCAGAAAGCCCUGGACAUGAUCUUCUCUGCGGCUCAGCACUCCAAUGCGGCCAUCGCUGAGAUGGAGCGGCUGCAGGACCUGUGGGAGGUGUACCAGCGCCUGGGCCUCGACGACGACAUCGUGGACCCCUCCAACCACCUGCUCCGCGAGGGCCCGGUCCUCAAGAUCUCCUUCCGUCGCAGCGACCCCAUGGAGCGCUACCUUUUCUUGUUCAACAACAUGCUGCUCUACUGCGUGCCCAGGGUCAUCCAGGUGGGCGCCCAGUUCCAGGUUAGGACCCGCAUCGACGUGGCCGGGAUGAAGGUGCGGGAGCUGCCCGACGCCGAGUUCCCCCACUGCUUCCUGGUGUCGGGGAAGCAGCGCACCCUGGAGCUGCAGGCGCGGUCCCAGGAGGAAAUGGCUUCCUGGAUACAGGCCUGCCAAGCAGCCAUCGACCAAAUUGAGAAGCGGAAUGAAACCUUCAAGGCUGCAGUGCAGGGCCCCGAGGGCGACGCCCAGGAGCAGCUGCAGUCUGAGGAGCUGGGCCUCCGAGCCCCGCAGUGGGUGCGGGACAAGAUGGUGACCAUGUGCAUGCGCUGCCAGGAGCCCUUCAACGCCCUGACCCGCCGGCGCCACCACUGCAGGGCCUGUGGCUACGUGGUGUGCGCCCGGUGCUCCGACUACAAGGCCGAGCUCAAGUACGACGGCAACCGGCCCAGCAGGGUCUGCCUGGACUGCUUCACCUUCCUCACGGGAAGCGUGCUGCCCGAGGACAGGGACAGGAGGCGGGGCAUCCUGGAGAAAGGCGCCCCGCCUGGGCCCGGCCAGAGUCUGAUGUGCAGCUUCCUGCAGCUCCUCGGGGACAAGUGGGGCAAGAGCGGCCCCCGGGGCUGGUGUGUCAUCCCCCGCGAUGACCCCCUGGUGCUCUACGUCUAUGGGGCUCCUCAGUGUCACAUAAAUGGGAUCCUGGUGGCUUGAGCCUGGCUUCUUUUGCUCCGCAUUGUGUCCUGAGACUCCACCAUGACGCGGCCUCUACCUGGACUCGCUGCCUCCCACGGCUGAGGAGUCCUCUCCCAGGUGGGGACAGCGCCGCCUGCCUCUCUGCUCACCACUGAAGGACACUGGUUCCUGCCCGUGUCAGCUUUUCGUCUCUGUGACAAAAUGCCCGAGAAAAGCAGCUUCAAGCGGGAAAGGUUUGUUUUGGCUGCCAGUUUCAGAAGUUCUAAUCCGUGGUCAACGGUCUCCAUGGCUUUGGGGCCCAAGGUGAAGUAGCAGGAGCACGUGGUGACAGAGAAGCUGAGAAGGAGAGACACAGAGAAUGAAAGUCAGGGAUCAGGGACAAGAUGGACCCUUCCAGGGCACGCCCCCAGCGACCUGCUUCCUUGAAGUAGGUCCCAUCUCCUAGGGUUGCCAAUAGUCACCUUCCAAUAAGACCAUCAACAUGGACCCCCAGGGCUGAAGCCAUCGGUGAGGUCAGAGUCCUCAGGAGCCAAUGGCUUCCCCUCUGAGCCCCUCCAUAGUCUUUGGAGGCGUUUCAGAUCCACACUCGGAUACUUGCCCUUGUGACAAUUUUGAGAGAUGCUGCUUUGAGCUAGAAACAUCCAUGUCCGGGUUUUUGUGUGAGCACAGUCUCUCUUCUCCAGGGUAAAUGUCUAGAAUGGCCCACUGGGCUGCGUGGGGAGCGUGUGAUGAACUUUACCAAAACCACCGACGUGGUGGUUCCACAUUGGUGACCCCAUCUGCAUUCACACCCUUGAUGCAUGAGCGUCCCUGCCCACAGUGUUUGAUGUAGCCAGGGCUGGGGGGGGAGGGGGUGUUUUUAUUUUAUUUAUUUUUGGUUCUGGGAUUGAAGCCAGGGCGCUCUAUCAUGGAACCACAUCCCCAGCCCUUUUGCGUUUUUAUUUUGAGACAGAGUCUCACUCAGCGGCUGAGGCUUGUGAUCCUCAAGCCUCAGCCUCCCGAGUCGCUGGGAUUACAGGUGUGCGCCACUGUGCCUGGUGGUUUUUGUUUAUCUUAAAAAUGUUGGUGCCUAUGUAGUGCUCACGAGCUUUUCAAAGAUUAUGAAUAUAAAGAAAUAAGGACCUUUAAUAGUAAAUAUUUUGCAAACAGUGAUCAUUGAAGCACCGACUGUGUGCCAAGCAUAUGCUAAUACUUUCGAAAUCCCAGGGCUGGUACGGUGGAGGGGCACCCUAUGGACGGUCAGGAAAGCUGGAACCCCAGUGCUGUUGAGUGCUCCCCCUGACCUCGGGCAGAGCCUGCAUGGACUCUUGGUCAAAUGGUGGCAAAGCCUCUUUGCAGGAUUUGGUGUGAAGUCAAACAAGAUAACGCACACAGAGCCCCAGGCCCGCAGCAGGAGGCCGCAGCCCCUGGUCCUUGGGUCCUCGCAUCCUUCCUCGCUGGCUCUUUAUGCACAUUCCAACAUUCCUGGGAUAAUUUGUUCCAGUUGCUUCCACCUUCAGGAAACAUUCCAGAGGGGCCCCUCCUCACCUCAGCCUCUCUGAUCCCAGCAACUGUUAUCUCCAGGGCUUUGGAGGCCUGUUUGUGUGUGUGUAUGUUAGAGCGUCCCCCAAAAAAGUUUCCCAAGCUCCGUCCCCCCCAACCACACCACAGUCCUUCUGCACACAGAUUCUUUUAAAUCUGAAACUUGAUCCAGUGACCUGUUCUCAACCCUCCAGGGGCAUCCAGUCAGAAGUCCAUCUGAUGUCCUACUCAUCUAGUCUACCAGGCCCUUUGUGAUCUGGCCCCUGGCUGUCUGUCAGAGCUUGGUCCUCUCCUCACCCAUUCUCUCUCUCCCUCAGCACACUCCCACCCCAGGACCUUUGCACCUGCUACUCCUUCAGCCUUGAAAGUUCUGGCCCCAGAAAUCUACGUGGUGUGCUCCCUCAUUUCACUCAGGCCUCUGCGUCAGGGAAAGGUACUUCUUGCCCACCUGCCUUUCCUAGUGCCCUGUGCCACUCUCUGUCCCUUCUGCUCCACUUUAUAAUAAUCACACCGACAUUAGACUGCCUUAUCUAUUUUCUGCUUAUUUGAUUAAUAUCUGUCACCACUACUAAAAAACGUCAAGUCCCUGGAGGGCAGGGACUUUGUCUCUGGUUCACUGCUGUUUCCUGGCCCCUGGUCCCUCUUCAGUGAAGAUCUGGGGACAGUCAGAGGAAUUGUGGGGCUCAGACAGGGCAAGGUGAGCGUCCCAUACCUAGGGAUCACCGCUGUCACUGUGGGUGAGGUCACAGAACCUGCCUCCGCCUCUUUUAUUCAUCUCGGCCUCCCAGAAUUCAGACUGGGCAGGCGCUUGGGAAGGACAGCCUGGCCAGUCCUCGCCAGGCUGGCGGCCACCGGGUGCUCUUUCCUUCUCUGGAGGUGACUGGAGGUCAAAGAGGUGAAGUGGAGUAUCUGAGGUCACAGAGCAGCUCUCAACUCUCUCAGGGACCAGGGCACGGGCCUCCUAACUGACCACGAUCUCAGGACCUCACUCCUUGGUCCCUCCCAGUGGCUGGACUCCAGGACCUGUUUCUCUUGAAAUCGGGAAGAGUGGGCGUCUUUAUACCAUGGAGAUGGGCAGACGUAAGGAUUGGCAAGUCAGCGCCUCUGACUCUCAGCCCCCAUUUUUUUUUCUUUGUUCAAACAUCAGUGUUUAGUUGGACAACACAUAAAGUCUAGCAACAUUUACACAA